AUUACGUUUGUGUGUGAGCGCGCGCGCGGGUAAGACCGGCACUUACGCGUGCGCAGUAGCCAUAGGAGCCUGAAUAAACGGCCAAGAAACGCGGGCGGGCGCUUUUGUGUUUUAAGAAUCUGCUUUUUUGAGUCGUGUUUCGAACCUUUAGGAAAAGGGGGAAAACAGCUCUGAAGGGACGCUUUCUCCGCCUCCUCCUGAAAAAUCUCUUUCCAAAUGGCAGUAGGGAUGCAUUAAGUAUUCCUGAAAUUUGGAAUUGGGAAAGGGCAGUAGGUCAGUCACACCUUGUGACCUGGCUCAGUAUAAGAUGGCUUACCUAUAAAGAAGGGCCAUAGUUCAGUGGCAGAGAAGAGCUGCUGCCAGUCAGUGUAGACCAGCGUUUUUCAAACUUGGGUUCCAAACUUGUCCGACUACAAUUCUCAUCAUCCCCGACCACUAGUCCUGCUAGCUGGGGAUGAUGGGAAUUGUAGUCCGACAACAUCUGGGGAAACAAGUUUGAGAAACAAUGGUGUAGAUCAGAGCUUUCCAAACUGACAUGACACGUUAGCUUUUUGGCUGCAGUGUGUAGGUGUGUCCCACGAGCACUCCCCAUUCUCCUGGGGCUAGAAAGGAGUUAGUUUAACCUCCGGUUUGCUAGUAAAACUGAAUUACUGUGUUGCAAAAUAAUGUACAUCUAAAACGUGUGUCACCAAUAUGAAAAGUUUGGAAAGCCAAUGACCUGACUCAGUGUAAGAUAGUUUCCUAUGUUCCUAUGCUCCUCAAGGGAAAGGGCCAUAGUUCAUUGGCAGCACUUCUGCUUUCAUGUUUACUCAGAAACAGAGUUCACUGAGACUUAUUUGCAAGCAGAUUAUUGUAGGGCAGCCCCACACUGGGCAGAUUGCAGAUUAUAGUAGUCUAAUCUGAAAGUCACCACUGCAUGAAUAGCAGUACUGUAUUCAAAUAUUGUAAUAGAAUGAUAGAGUUGGAAGGGGGACCCUGAAGUUCAUCUAGUCCAACCCCCUGCAACAACUGUCCCUUAUGGGGAUUGAACCUGCAACCUUGGCGUUAUCAAGGUGAUGGGGGUUUGUGUGAAGUAUCGGUUCCAGUUUAAUCAACAAAAGCUUCUACUUGCUGUUAGUUUGAGAAAACAGUGUGAACAUUUUCCUUUCCAUUCCUGAUUAUGGUUCCACAUCAGAAUCAAAAGAGCACUAAAUAUAUAAAUAAAUGUGUCUUUAACUUAAGAGUUCUAAAUAUACUUCUAAUCCGUAAUACAAACACCUUUGUAAUCUUGAGGCCGAUAAGCAGGAAUGGUAGGUAAGAUAACAAUUGUUCCUUUAUCUCUGUGAGCUUUUCCGCUUUCAUUCUUGAAUGGGCUGUACUACACACAUAGAAACUCAAUUGCAAAUGUUUAAUUUUUUAAAUAAAUCCUGCUCCUGUGCUUUUAGCAGCCUAAAAUGAAACGGAAAGAUUUUGGCAUUGGUUUAUCUUCAUGUUUGAACAUAUGCUGCAGAUCAGGAGAGGUACCGGCAACGACAAGAGCAGCCAACAGAAUACAUUGCAGUACAGUGGUGCCCCGCAAGACGAAUGCCUCGCAAGACGGAAAACCCGCUAGACGAAAGGGUUUUCCGUUUUGGAGGUGCUUCGCAAAACGAAUUUCCUAUGUGCUUGCUUUGCAAGACGAAAAUGUCUUGUGAGUUCCUGCGGGUUUUUUUUUUCCUCCCCCCCCCUUUUUCCCAAGCCGCUAAACCGCUUAUCAGCUGAUGGCUAAGCCGCUUAACAGCUGAUCGCUAAGCCGCUUAUCAGCUGAUCGUUAAGCCGCUUAUCAGCUGAUCUUUAAGCCGCUUAUCAGCUGAUCCGCUAAGCCCGCUAAGCCGCUAAUACUGUAGCGCUAAUCCACUAAACCGCUAAUGGGCUUGCUUCGCAAGACGAAAAAACCCACAAGACGAAGAGACUCACGGAAUGGAUUCUUUUCGUCUUGCGAGGCACCACUGUAUGUCUGUGGUGCCCAUAAGAGCUCCAAUUUGCAAAUGUGCCCACAGGCCCCCAAAGGCAGGCAACUCUUGUCAUAAUGGUCAUGUUCUACCUCCACUGUAGGCCUCUGAAAACCAGUUGCCGGGAAUCACAAGUGGAGAAUGUGCAGUUGCACUCAGGUCCUGUUUGCAGGCUUCCCAGAAGCAUGUUAUUGUACAGAUGACGGUCCCUUGAUUUGAAAGGCUCAGGCAUUGGCUCAUGGGGGGAGGGGGAGUGCAGAGGCAGCAGCAGUGAUGUUGGGGGAGAUCUGGGUUACUGGCAGAGGCCUGCAGGUGUGUACUGCUGCCAAAACAGAGCUCCCCAGUCUGGUUUAAAGACACAGAACUAUAAGAGGGGUGAGCAGAAACAGCCUUGAAAGUUGAUAAACAACAGCUAUGUUGUUUUAUGUACUGUUUAGCUGAUUUCAAUGCUUACCACUUCUUUCCAUUCAUAUACAGUCAAACCUUGGCACUCGAAUGUGAUCUGUUCCGGAAGGACAUUCGAGUUCUGAAAGGUCCAAGUUCCAAGACGCGGCUUCUGAUUGGCCGACAGCUAGGCUUUUGCACAGUGGAAGCUGCGUCAGAUGUUCGUCUUCUGGGGAAUGUUCGAAAGCCGGAGCAUUUACUUCUGGGUUUUCGACGUUUGGAAGCCGAAAUGUUCGGCAACGGAGCGGUUCAAGAACCGAGGUUUGACUGUACUGUGAUAAUGACACAUGACAGACCUGUAACUCCUGUUUUAUUAUUGCUGUUAUUUAAUGCACUGUAAUUUAUCUAUCUCCUGUACACCACACACACAGAUCACCAGAUCCUCUGACCAUUGCAAUGUUUGUUAGCCUAACUUACCUCACAGGUUGUUGUGGGGAUAAAAUGGGAAGAGGGAAGAAGCAUGCAUGUAACCUUCAGCUAUUUGGAGGAAAGUGGAGAUAUACACAUUAAUAAUAAUAAAAAUAAAAAUAGUACAUUGCAUGUGGUUCUGGUCACCUCAUCUCAAAAAGGAUAGAGUGGACAAAGAAAGGUUGCAACAUUUGAGACUUUUUUGUUUAGAGAAAAAGUGAGUAAGAGGUUACAAGAUAGAAGUUUAUUACAUUAUGCAUAGAGUGGAGCAUGGGCGUAGCGAGAAUUUAUGUUUGGGGGGCAGAACCGAGCUACUUGUGAAGUCACUGGUCAGUUAGUUAAGUUUUUUUUAUUUAUUUAUGUGAUGGGGGGGGGGGGGGAGCUGCUCCACUGCCUAUGCCCAUGGAGUGGAGUAAGUGGACAGGAAAAAGUUUUUUCUCCCUCUCUCAUAACACUAGAACUCUGGGAAAUCCAAUGAAGCUGACAUUUGGAAGAUUCAGGACAGAUAAAAUGACUUCUUCAAGCAAUGCAUAGUUAAAAAAACUAUGGAACUCACUUCCACAGGAGGCAUGGAUGCCAUGAACCAAAUGGCUUCAAGAGGUUUAGACAAAUUCAUGGGGGAUAAGGUUAUUGAUACCCACUAGCCCAGAUGCCUAUGUUCUGCCUUGUGCUGGAAUCCUGCCUGCAGGCUUCCCACAGGUUGGUCACUAUGAGAACAGGAUGCUGUCCUAGAUGGGCCAUUGGCCUGAUCCAGCAGGUUCUGCCAAUGUCCUGAUGAUUUCUAUUUACAAAUCAUUAUUUAUAAAGGAAAUAUUUGUGAUUAUUUAUAAAGUUGCAUAUAAAUUAGCAUCUUUUUCUGCAAAUCUGCGCAAAAGCGGCCUGCUUUUUUUUAAAAAAAUGUUUUUAAGUAAAGAUUUAAAGGUACUGUAUAAGGAGCCGCUGCGAUCCUCAAAAACAGGACGCCUUCCCCAGCACGCGCUUCCAAAGCUCCUCCCUGGCGACUCUGAAAGAAGCCCGACCUCUUCCGUCUGCUUCUCCCAAGAUCCUCCCUUGGGGAGAAAGCGAGUGAGCGCGCCCUUUCUUGAUUCUCCACUCCUUGGUCUCUUGGGAGUUGUAGUUCCCUUGGAUUCCCCUUACCCAGUUCCGUGGGCGAGAGACGGCGGCUGCUCGGACUCCAACUCCCAGCAUGCACCCUUCCCCAAGGCUCCUUGCCCUCCUCCUUUCCCAGCUUCAUGCCUGGCGGCGACCCCGCCUCUUGCCUGCUCCGAGAUGGGGCGGGAAGAAGGGCGGGAAGGAGGCGGCUCCGUGUCAUUUCUUCGGCGGCGGUAGCUGCGAACGGUGUCAAGCUGGCGGCGGGCGGUAAGGGCCCUCUUUUCUUAAUCGGAUUUGGAUCAACCAACUUUUUUGGGGGGGGUUUAAUAUCCUCUAUGGGGAGAGAUAGGAAUAUAUCCCCCUCCCCAUGGAAAAUAAGGCCUCUGUGGAGAAACUGUAUGAACACCCCCCCCAAAGAUGGGGCGGGGGAGCCUGGGUCCCAUAGGGAUGAGGUGCCUCUGGAGCAGAUUGCAAAGAGCCCCAUAUAGUGACCGGGACCAUUUGUGGGGGAAAUGAAUGGAGCCCCGCUCCCUUUCCAGGGACAGUGGAAACUUACUUUCCUUCCCCAACCUGAUGCUCUCAAGAUGCGUCGGACUACAACUUCCAUCCGUCCCAGCAAGUGUGAUCAAUACUCAUGGAUAAUGGGAGUUGUAGUACUAGAUGCAAACUCUGCGGUAGAGCCAGAAUGCCUCUGGAAGCUGAGUUGGGGGACUGGGGCAUGGUAGCUUGUUUGGUAGAGCAUGCGAGUCUUAAUCUCAGGGACGUGGGUUCGAGUCCCAUGUCGGGCGAUUCCUGCAUCGCAGGAGGUUGGGCUAGAUGGCGGUCCUUUCCAACUCUACAAUUCUGUGGUUCCUGUUGUUGUUGAACUCGUGUCAGCCCCAGGCAGCAUGGUCAACGGUCAAGGAUGAUGGGAGAUGGAGUACAACAAAAUCUAGAGAGCCACACUGCCCCAUGGAUUGAAGUUAAUAUGGGGAGAAUGCAAACACACCAUUGGAAGGGGGUAGUUUGGGUUGCCCCUGUAGGGUUGGUAUAAAACGCAUAGAAGUACUUUUAUAAGAAUGCAGCGUCUAGACACAAUUCUUCCUCUCUUGUCCCUCUGUGCACAACCUGAAGGUAGUGAGCCUUGCACAAUUCUCUAUUUUGAACUUUUAACCACACGUGUUUCUGAAGUUAGGCACCACUGUUUUCAAUCGGGCUCACUUCUAAGAAAAGUGUGAGCAGGAUUUCUUCUGUGGAAGCUCAGCCGAGAUGGAGUAUGGAAAGGAGGAUCUUAUUUUCAAUGCUAUUUCCUUGUCUUUCUUCAUUAAAUUACCCGUGUUUAGCAUCCACCUCAAACAUGCAUGCAAUGCAGGGAUGUUGCGCUUGGACAAGCCCCUCUUCCAGGUUUGACAGUAUUUGGCAGGCAAAUUCCCCGACCAGUAUUUCAGCAUAUUUCUCAAUUGUUCACUGCUCACGCUGCUGCCAUGUUGGGCGAGAUCACCGAUCCAGGUGGUGUGGCAAUUUUACCUUUCAGCAGAGUCCUGAAGAAGGUUGCUGCAAUGGCAACUUCUUCACGCACAAAGCACGAGUCUUAAACUGCUUCAGAUACUGGAAGGGUUGCAUUAUCUUGCGUAAGCCUUUCCAUUCAUGCAGAUCCACAUGGGGAGGAUCUUUUCUGCCUCCCACUGCCAUGGAUGGAAGUUUGGUUGGUGGGUAAGUGGGAGAGGGCUUUCCCCACAGUGAUGCCUCAAAAGCUGGAACUGGACAUUUGCUGAGUUCCUUCCCUGAUGGCGUUUCAGCUCCAGUUUAAAACUUUUAUUUCAACGAGCCUCAGUGGAAGGGCUGCAGCUCGGUGGUAGAACACACACUUUCCAUGCAGAACGCCUUAGGAUCAAUCUCCAGUGGCAUCUCUAGGUAGGGCUGGGAGAGACCCCUGCCUGAAACCCAGGAGAGCCGCUGCUGGUCAGUGCAGACAGUCCUGAGCUAGAUGGACCAAUGGUCUGACUUAGCAUAAGAUAGCUUCCAAUGCACCUUUUAAAAUAUUUGGUUAUGCUCACUCCCAAUGUUUAUUAUGCGGUUGUAUUGGCUUUCUAUAUUUUUAUGUGUUAUAAGGGCAUAAGAAGGGCCUGCUGUGUCAGACCAGAUGCCUGUGGGAUGCUCACAAGCAGGACAUGAGCGCAGCCACUCUCUGCCUGCCUGCAGUUUCCAGCAACAGGCAUUCAGAGGCAUAGAAAAUGCAUUCAGAGGCAUAGAACAUAGCCUUUUUGGGUAUUAGCCAUCAAUACUGCUGGGAUAGCUCAGUUGGAAGAGCAUGAGACUCUUAAUCAUGGGUUCAAGCCCCCAAAAAUUCCUGCAUUCAAAGGGGCUGGAGCAGAUGACCCAUGUGGUCCCCCUCUCCUCCAUGAAUUUGACUAAUCCCCUUUUAAAGCCCUCCAAGCUGCUGACCAUCGCUACCUCCUGCUGUUUUAAGCAUAAGACCAAUUAUGGAUGUACACUGCCACCAGGAUCAGAGGCACGAUGCCAUCGAAUACUGGUUGCUAAGAUUGGGGAGAGUUGCUUUCUCACUUGUAGGUUUCUGAGAAGCAUCUGUUUGCCACAUAGGACUUUGUUUUGGUCCAGCCUGAAUACUUCUGAAGCUCUUUCACCAGUUCCAAGUUGCCUUGGGUGCUGUUACGCCACUGGAAGGCACAAUAUCAUUUAACGAUCAGUGACAGUAAUUUAAUUAAGGCGUUUGCUGCCACGAGGCGUAGCUAGCUGGCGGUUCUGUGGGCUCUGAUGAUAUCAAAACAGGGGUUUGCACAAUGACGUGGAACAUAGGAAGCUGCCAUAUCCUGAGCCAGGCUAUUUGUCCCUGUAGCCCAAUAUUGUCUACACUGACUGACAACAACUCCCCAGGGUUUCAGGUAGGGAGAGGACAUUCCCACAGCUACCUGGGUUUGAACCUGGCACUUUGUGCAUGCAAGGGAGAUGCUGUACCACUGAGCUACAGUCCUUCCAUAGAGGAGGAGAGGUUUAUUGAGGGCUAUUGCCUGUGAUGGCUAAACGGAACCUCCCUGUUUAGAGGCAGCAUAUCUGUAAAUGCCAGUUGUGACUUGGGGAUCGGGGAGGUGAGUGAAAUGAUUGUUGCCUUAAUGCUUUUCUUAUGAGCUGAGUUUGCAGAAAGAGGGGUUCUGCUUUAUUGAGGUGCUGGGAGGCCACAGAAGAUGUGAUGGGUUGUGUAGAGAUAGCACUUGCAUAGGCCUCUGCUUCAUGGAGCAGAGGAGAUGGUGGAGAGGCUUCCCUUCCAGACAAGUGGCAACCUCUGCUAAAUGCAAAACAGGCGAGAUUUCAAGGGAGCGGUUGAGGUUUCUGACUCACUGCAGGCAGCGGCUAGCUGGCAGAGCUCAUGGUAUGUGAGUGAAUUGUAUUCACCGCCCCCCCCACUGGGUGUGUUCAGUGUUGCCUUUUUCCUUUCACGGAAGUUUUAUGUUUCAGAGGAGUGUGGAAAACCCUCUUCCGAACUUGCGGCUUGCCAGAAGUAGCUUAGGGCAUCUCUGACGAAGGUAUUUUAGCAGCAGCAAUCUUUGCAGGAGACAUUUUAACUGGAUUCUUCCCCCUGUUCCCUAGCUCCCCUGAAAAUUGUCAAGCAGACACAGCCAAUAUGUUUGGACCCAUAACCUGAAAUGUUGCAAUGAAUAAAGUCUAAGGGUGCGGAUUUGAACUUGGGUCCCCCCAGUUCUUGCCUGAUGUUCUGGUAACUACUACACAAUAUUAGCUUUAUUUCUGCUGUUCUUGAGCAACCUUUCUUACCUGCUAGCAGCUGCAACAGUGCCAGUCCUUGCACACAGCUGCUCUAGGCAGCAGCAGCCCACAGGGAAGGCCUAACAACAAAUUCUGCAUUAUACUGCUUCUGAUUAUCUGGGGUAGGCAGCUUAGAUCUGGAAAUGAGCUUAAUAAGCAGGUGUGUGUGUGUGUGUGUGUGUGUGUGUGUGUAUGGAACAAUAGUUGUAUUAUUGUUAUUAUUAUUAAUUACAUAUAUUCAUCGGUUUUUCAAAAGAUGCCAAAAGUGUUUUCUUAAAACUAACAUAAACAUUAUAACAAAUUAACCUCAGAAGAUGGAAUCAGGAUGGCUUUAACAGUUUGGAGAACUGGGUCAAAAUUAACCAAAUGAAUUUCAAAAGGGACAAAUGUAAAGCUCUGCAUUUAGGCAGGGAUAAUCAGAUGCACAAAUAUAGGAUGGGUGAUACCUGGCUUGCCAGCAAUACAUGUGAAAAGCAUCUAGGGUAGACCACAAGCUUAGCAUGAGUCAGCAGUGUGAUGCAGCAGCAAAGUAAGCUAAUGCAGUUCUAGGCUUCAUCAACAAAGGUACAGGAACCAGAUCGAGGGAACUUACAGAACCACUCCAUGCUGUAUGAGAAGACCGAGAGGUGAUAUGAUACCUGAAAAGCUGCCACAUGGAUGAUGGAGCAAGCAUGUUUUCUGCUGCUUUGGAGUGUAGGACCCAAACCAAUAGAUUCAAAUUGCAAGAAAGGAGAUUCUAACUCAACAUUAGCAAGAACGUUCUGACAACAAGAGCUGUUUGACAGUGGAACCAAGUCUCUUGGAAGGUAGUGGACUCUGCUUCAUUGGAGGUUUUUAAAGAGAGGUUGAAUGGCCACCGGUCAGGGAUUCUUGAGCUGUAAUUCCAGCAUAGCUGGGGGGUGGAAUAGAAGCCCCUUGGGGCCCCUUCCUGCUCUACAAUUCCAUGAUUCUCUAAGCCAAAAUACUAACUGGUGAUGUCUUUUUUAUUUGCUUUAUGAAUGCCAUUUUAUUUACCUCAAUGCUGUUUGCUGCCGUAAUAUUUUUUCCUUAAUGUUGGCUGGGUAGAAAUAUUUUUUAUUUUUUAUUUGCAAAUAAAUAAAAAAUAAAAGUUCCCUUGUGUUUAAUUUCCUCCCAGCCUGUGCUCUUGCAGUGCUAAGAGCAGGUGGCCUAUUGAAUUACUUGGGCAGGAAAACAGAGGUUUUAAAGGUGAUGUUAAUUUAAUUGGCCUAUUUUUCAACCAGGCAGAUAAGAAGAUCAGAGAGGAGGCUGGUGUGGUCCUAACUCGACAGCUUGCAAACUGCUGAGUUCAGGGGAGAAAGAAAAAGGGUUCUUUUCACGUAGCAAAAGCGUUUCGUUGUGGGGGAACCUCAGGUUGAGUUGCCCAUGUGGCCCUCCAGACCCCUCUUUCUGGCCCUCUCCUGAGGAGGGGGAAAGGAGGGUUAGAAAGGAUAGAAACCUGAGUGAAAUAAUGGUUCCUCCUUGGAACUCGGCCUAGUGAGCCCUUUGUUGCCGUGGAGACCGGAUUGUUAUGAUCUCCUUGGGCCAGAGUGGAUGGGUUUUGUCCUCUAGAAGCCCUGCUUCCUUUUAGCCUCCUCCUGCCCUUGUUGGUUUGAAAGCUCAUGAAAGCCCAGAAGAAGAAGAAGCCAGGCUUGCAACAGAAGCCGCGGCCCUCGAGGAGCUGCCCCAGUUUGCUGGAUGCCACCCCCAGGCGGCCCAUAAUAUCUCGCAGAGUCUGCCCGCACAGGUGGGCUCCUCUGACCCGGCCUCGCGGGGCAGUGAGUGGUCCCGGCCGGCAAGAGCCAUGGAGGUGUGAACCCUCGCCUCAGGAAGUGCCUCUCCAGGAUCGGUUCGGCUCCGUGCACAUGGAUGGUGAGAAGCCAACGAGUGGGGCUCCUGUUUGCUGCACUAAUAAUGCACAGGUUGAUCUGUGGGGCAUCCGGUGUGUAUGUAUGUGGGGUUUCUAGCAUGCCAGAAUUUCAGUAGUCCUGGCAAGAGUAUUCGAUUUGUGCCACUUAAUACCAAGGCAGAAACACAAACACAUAUACACAAGGGUGUAUCUCUCUCUGUAUCUGUGCAUAUAUUACAUUUAUUUUGAGAUUUAAAUCCCACCUUUCCUGUGAGGAGCUCAAGGUGGCCUAGAUGGUUCUUCUCCCCAUUUUAUCUUCACAACAACUCUGUGAGGUCCUUCCUUCCUUCCUUCCUUCCUUCCUUCCUUCCUUCCUCUCUCUCUCUCUCUCUCUCUCUCUCUCUCUCUCUCUCUGUGGCCUAGAUGGUUCUUCUCCCCAUUUUAUCUUCACAACAACUCUGUGAGGUUCUUUCUUUCUUUCUUUGUUUCUCUCUCUCUCUCUCUCUCUCUUGGAGGCCUAGAUAGUUCUUCUCCCCAUUUUAUCUUCACAGCAACUCUGUGAGGUUAUUUCUCUCUCUCUCUCUCUCUCUCUCUCUCCCUCCCUCCCCCCCUCUCUCUGUGUUUGAAUCUUAAUCAAUCCAGGACUGGAGUGAGAAACUUAUGUGUCUCCUGCCACUUGUUGAUGGACUACAGCUCCCAUCAUCCCUGACCAUUGGCCAUGCUGGCUGGGGCUCAUGGGAGUUGGAGUCUAGGGCUGGGCGAUAUCAGGUUUUCAUGAUGUAUCACCAGCUAAACAUCACGAUAAAGUGAUACAUCACAAUCUUGAAAAGGAUGGAGCAUCAGCCACCGGCCCUGCGAGGCACCAGGGUGAAGCUGCUACCACCAUGCCCUCCACUGCCAGCGCCCAGCGAAGGGAGAAAGGAGGCGGUCUGCCUGCUUGGCCAGAGAAGAAAGUUAAGACACCAGCCGGCUGACAAGCCCCACCUGUAAUAUACCUCUGAGUCCAAAUACCGUUGUGAUCUGGCCCUCAAACUGGUCCUGGACAAUGUAUUGAUGCAUCGCCCAGGCCAAUUGGACUCCGCCAACAUCUGGAGGACCACGGGUUUUUCACCCCUGCCCUAGACUGAUUGAGGUCUUAGAAUCAUAGAAUUGUAGAGCUGGAAGGGACCCAAGGGUCAUCUAGUCCAACCCCCAGAAUUCAGGAAUCUCAACUGAAGCAUCCGUUACAGAUAGCCACCCAACCUCAGCCAAGUAUGUUAGAUCUGAUCUUCAGCUUAACAAAACUGAAGAGAGUAUGCUUGGUUAAUUUUACUCCUGCAUGAUUCUCAUUAUCUUUUCCCCCCGUGACAAAAAUUACUUGAGCUCAAAUAACUAGAUUAUUGUGGGUGGGGGAAUCAAUGUUCACUUCAUGUGGUUUAAAUGCUAUAUCCAAUCAAAGCUUUCCUUGGAAGCUGUUAUGGCUGAAAUACUUGUUAAUGUCCUGAGACAUGACAAUUCAACGGCACAAAUCGUUUUAACCUUAUUUACAUGCAAAGGUAAAAAAGCACUAGAAGCUGCUGACAUGCUAAUCUUAGCAUAUCCAAAGAAUUGUGUAUUUAUACCAGGGGUAGGCAACCUAAGGCCUGUGGGCCGGAUGCGGCCCAAUCACAUUCUAAAUCUGGCCCACAGACAGUCUGGGAAUCAGCGUAUUUUUACAUGAGUACUAUGUGUCCUUUUAUUUAAAAUGUAUCUCUGGGUUAUUUGUGGGGCAUAGGAAUCCGUUCAUUCCCCCUCCCCCAAAUAUAGUCCGGCCCACCACAUGGUCUGAGGGACGGUGGACUGAAAAAGGUUGCUGACCCCUGGUUUAUACCAUACCGUACAAUUAAAGCACAUGGAAUCUUGGGAACUGUGGUUUGUUAUGGUGUGCUGGGAAUUGUAGUUCAAUGAGGGAUAAACUACAGUUCCUUGGAUUCUUUGGGGGAAGCCAUGACUGUUGAAGUACUAUAAACGUGCUUUAAAUGUAUGGGGUGGGCAGGCCUUGCUAGCCUGGUUGUUGUUGUUGUGUGUUGACACCCAGCCCCCUUUCUCUCCUUUAUGCAGCUGGGGAUGCCAUGGGGGGAGCGAAGCCUGGCCCAGUGCAGAUUGUGCUGGUGCACAAAGACCAACACUCCUUUGAGCUGGACGAGAAGGCGCUGAGUCGUGUCCUCUUGGCUGAUGCUAUCCGGGACCUCGAUGUGGUGGUGGUGUCCGUGGCCGGUGCCUUCCGCAAAGGCAAAUCCUUCCUCUUGGACUUUCUGCUGCGUUAUAUGUACACACAGGUGAGCCAUCCCCCUGUUCACUGGUUCAUUGUCUGUUGCUAUUGUUAAAGCUCCUUUAUUAAUUUACAAAGCCCAGAACGACCUAGGGCCAGUGUACCUCAGGGAACACCUGAAUGAACCCUUACAGCCCAUCUCAGUCCUCGAGAUCAUUUACAGGAGUGUUGUUGACUGUUCUCCAAAUUGACGAGGGUCAUUUAACAAGGAAUCAAGCCUUUAGUGUCACCAGCUCAAUCCUGUGGAAUACUCUGCCAGUAGAGAUUCAGCAGGUGCCUUCUGUGCCAACUUUUAAAUGCCUACUGAAUACUUUCCUAAUCCCUCAGGCUUAUGCAGGCAAUUAAGAAUGCAUCUUUCCGCAAUACUUAGCUGACUUCUGAUUUUGACUUUUGAUAUGAUUUUUAGUGUGUGGUUUUAUGUACAAUUGUUGUACACUGCCUUGAUUUUUUUAAGAAACAAAUAGUAUAUAAAUAUUUUUUUUAUAAAUAAAAAAAUAAGCAUUGUUUUAAAAAAUGCACCUGGUGCUUAAGAGAGAAUUUUCACAAGUAAAACAAAAUGGACACAAGGCUCCUAUUUGCAAAGGGCCUACAUUCUGUUCAUCUUCAGUCCCCAAACUUUUGGUGGAACCAUGCAAUCGGGUUUUGUUUGGGCUUUUUUGCAUCAUGAUAACAGGCCACGUUAUCUGCUUUGUUUUAUUUAGCUAGAGAUAGAAUCAACCGUGGUUCUGCAGGUUUGUAAUAUGACUGGAAGCCUUUGUCAAAACUGAAAGCAGGAGCUGUUAUUCUCUUACAGGGGACACGUGGGAGCCUGAUGGCUCAUUCUUGUUGUACUACAGAGUUUCCUCAUUUGUGCUGUUUCCCUGUUGUUCCACAGAAAGAAGGGGGCAGCACCAAUUGGCUGGGCGACAAGGAUGAACCCCUGACGGGCUUUUCCUGGCGCGGUGGAUCUGACCCAGAUACCACUGGCAUCCAAAUCUGGAGCGAAGUUUUCAUUGUGGAGAAACCAAGUGGAAAGAAGGUACGGGGGCAGUUGAGAAGGAGUUGGAAUUUGAUUAAAACGGAAAGCGAAAACAUUUCUUCACCCCUCCAUGGCCACAGUAGGAAACCUCAGGACUGGGGGUCAAAUGUGGUCCUCUGCUGUGUUCUGGUCUGUUGCCGGAACCAUGGUGAAAGAGGCACAGUUGGUUGAAGGUUUUUGCACCAUGGACAGCUCCAAGUGAGCAACUUUCUCCAGCAAAGGGCCUCCUGCAGACUGCCUCCUCCAAGCUCCACCCCUUUGGGAGAACGUCAGAACCUUAAAGGGCCAACCCUGUGGUCUGAAGAUGGGAGCUCCUCCUUCAUGCCAUCUCCUCUCUCCUAGGGCACUUCUGACACGGCAGGACUUCUGGUUUGCAGUGGGAAACGUCUGGCUUUUUUUCUGGCUCAGGAGAAGGUGUCUGCAAGGGUCCAGGCUCUUUCCUUAUAGCAGUUUUAGAAAUUAGCCAGACUGUUUUCACACACUAAUACCCCAUCCUGUAGAAUUCUAUCAGUUAUAUUUUAUCUCCACAAUCAGAAUUUCAGAAACAAAAAUGCUUUUUCUGUGCAGCUUGAUCAGUGCCUUAAAGGCCCUAAUGGUCUGGGAAGUGUCUCUGGGAGCUCUUGCCCCAUCACUUCAGACCCCAUGCUCUCCCUAACUUCCACAGCCAGCUCUGAGCCCAGACCCAGCUCCCCAUCUGGUACCCCUGCAGCCUCUGACUCUGUGCCUAUUUCACAACACCCUCCAGUCCUUGCUGUCAGGUCCUCUGAACUCUUCCCCAGGCCACACUGCUGCCCCAGCCACCCCCACCCUUAAAAAAAUAAUAAUCCAGCAAGGACUGAGUAUGUUCAGAGACCACAGAAUGCCAGGGGGUGGGGAGAGUGGAAAACGGGGUGGGGUGGGGUGCAGGGAGCACUGGAGCAUCUCUUGAGCCUGAUGCUCUCACCUGUGCUUCCAGGUGGCGGUCGUGCUGAUGGACACCCAGGGAGCUUUUGACAGCCAGUCAACAGUCAAGGACUGCGCCACCAUCUUUGCUCUCAGCACCAUGACGAGUUCUGUUCAGGUGAGUGUCCCCUGUUUUUUGGUUGUCGUUUGACUAAGGUGUGGCAAGGGCUUUCGCCAUGGGCGUGUGAUGGGACUCACACCUCCUCAUCGAUUGGAGGGGAUCAAUCAAGACAGAAAAGCCAAAGCUGGGUUGUUUCUGGGAAGGCAGUCUGUGUCGCUAGGCCUCUCCUGGCCUUGGAAGUGUGUGUGUGUAAGUAAAUAUAUAUAUUCACCCAUCCAAUCAGGAAUCUGAGCUUGGGAGCCUUUUGGAGACCUGAGAGUGUUAUAUUUAAUUAUGUAUAUUUAAAUCCCGCCCCAGAAAGUGAAAGCUGGCAAAACAGAACAAGAUCUAAAAACGCGGUGAAAUUUUGUCCUGUUGUUUCCCUAUUCAUCCCUGGGCCCUGAAGAAAGCCUGGUCCAAGGUUUCCCAAACUUGGGUUUUCAGCUGUUUUUAGACUACAAAACCCAUCAUCCCUAGGUACCAGGACUAGCUGUCAGGGAUGAUAGGAGCUGUAGUUCAAAAAUGGCUGGAGACCCAAGUUUGGGAAGCCCUGGGCUAGUCUAAGUGAAAGCAUCUAGGAAUGUAGGGAGCUGCCUUAUGCUGAGUGAGGCCAUUGGUCCACCUUAUACUGAGCGAGGCCAUUGGCUGAGUGUUGCCUCCACUGACUGGGAAGCGGCUGUCCUGAGUUUCCGCCGGGGGUCUCUUCCAGCUCCACCUGGAGAUGCCAGGGAUUGAGGCUGGGACCUUCUGCCAGAUUAAAUCAGUUAAGGCAAUCUUGAAUGAGCCAUAAGAGUCUUUGUUGCAACAGGCUAAGGCGGCUGCCCUUCUGGAUUUUUUUCACCAUUGCAGCUGUCCCUUUCCCCCUUUUCAGAUCUACAACUUGUCUCAGAACAUCCAGGAAGAUGAUCUGCAGCAGCUACAGGUAGGUGAUAAGAAAAACAAGAAAAACAUUUCCCCUUGCAAUGCUCAUGGUGCUGUGCAGAACACAAAAGGGGAUACAGUUGUUGUGGUGGUGGUGGUUGCUAUAAUUCCUAUUUAUUUAUUUAUACUUACUGCUUGAUGCCAGGAUAGGCUUCUAAGUGGUUUCCAAGUAGAACAAGCUCUAGUUCUGCUUGCAGGUUACUGUGAUGAUAAUCUGGUUGGCCACUGUGAGAACAGGAUGCUGGUCUGAUCCAGCAGAGCUCUUUCUGUGUUCUUUAUACUUUCUGAGCUCAAGCCGUGAGAGACCCGGAAUCAGGGGCACACCUGUUGCUGCCCUUCCCUUAUCAGGGGUUCUCAAAGGGAGUGUGGCAGGAGAGAAUGGCAAGCGUGGCAGGAAGGUUCAAGGACCAUCAAAGAACACUUAAACAUUUCAGUGUAGUAUAGUAUGGUAUAGUCCCAGUACAGGAUAGUAAUAAUAAUAAUAAUAAAUUUUAUUUAUAUCCCGCCCUCCCCAGCUGAAGCCGGGCUCAGGGCGGCUAACAACAAUAAAACAGUACAAAAGUACAGCACAAACAACACUCUAAAAUCAUUCAUUAUAAAAUUAAUUAAUAGUACUGUAUCAAAAUAAUUUUUAUUUAUUUGCAGAAUAUGGAUAAAUUUUCAAAAUGAGAGCAAGAGCCUUGAGUGAUAUUGGUGUUGUUUCUUUUUGUUUUCCAAUGCAUUUCUUAUCAGUAGAAAAUUUGGUGUGGUGCAAGCAAUUUCUUUUUCUGAGAGUGUGGCCUGGGCAAAAAUUUUUUUGAGAACCGCUGCUUUAGCUCUUUAAACAAAAUUCAGCAUGUUUUUGAUUUCCUUUUGUAGCUCUUUACAGAGUAUGGACGCCUGGCCAUGGACGAGAGCUUCCUCAAACCAUUCCAGGUAUGCAUCUGAACAGAUGGGGCUGGGCCAGGAGGUGGGAGACACACAUACAGUCUUGGCUGGUGGGCCCUCACUUCCCGCAGUCCAUGCACACCCCAGAUUUGCAGUUUGCAGAUUUGUUACUCCACUGUACGGAAGCUUGAUGCAGAUUUCAAGGUUCAGUGGGGAGAAAUGGGCAGAGGGGUGGUUUUUUCAAAUCCCUGCUCAAUGACAAAGCUUAUUGGGCGACCUUGGAGCACUCACAGUCCUUCAGCCUAACCUUCCUCACUGGAUGUUCUGAGGAUUUUUUUUUUUCAGGCCUGGGUUGGGGAAAGGACAAUGCUCUGAGUUGCUUGCAAGGAACCGUGGAGUGCAAAGGGAGGUGGAUCAGUUUUGUAGAACUGAACUGAGUGGUGAAAUUGGAUUUUCUGCUUGUAUAUAUUUAGAGUUGAGUCACUCUCACUUGCCUGACAUAUUUCCGGUCCCCUCCAAACAUCCUUUUUAUGGUGCAUUUAUGGUCGGUUGUGUUCAUGAUGGUAUCUGGGCAGUUUGAUGCGGUCCUGCUUUCAAUCCUUUGUGUUUGCAGAAAAUUCUAGGUGGACGUAUUGCUUCAUUUCCCAUUGGUGCCUGCCCUAUUAGGUAAAGAGACCCCUGAUCAUUAGGUCCAGUCGUGGCCGACUCUGGGGUUGCGGCGCUCAUCUCGCUUUAUUGGCCGAGGGAGCCGGCAUACAGCUUCCGGGUCAUGUGGCCAGCAUGACUAAGCUGCUUCUGGCGAACCAGAGCAGCGCACGGAAGCGCUGUUUACCUUCCCGCUGGAGCGGUACCUAUUUAUCUACUUGCACUUUGACGUGCUUUCGAGCUGCUAGGUUGGCAGGAGCAGGGACCAAGCAAUGGGAGCUCACCCCGUCACAGGGAUUCGAACUGCCGACCUUCUGAUCGGCAAGUCCUAGGCUCUGUGGUUUAACCCACAGUGCCACCCGCGUCCCGCCUGCCCUAUUACUUCCCUGUAACUUUUCAUACCGCAAAUGUCCCAGGGUGGGUGGUGGUUGUUUUUUUACCCACCUUCAUUGCACUUCAAGGCAUGUAGACAGCCAAACCAGGAUGAAUGCUCCUUGUUGUUAAACUGCCAAACCCCCUAAACAAAUCAGAAGGAAUGCUCUAUAAAGAUACUGUCACAUGGCCUCUUCAGGCAUCCUUUCUAUGGCACAUUCGUGAUGGUUUUUGCUUCUGAUGGUGUCAGGGUGGUUAUGUGCAAAGAAUGCCUCCCUCCAGACAGCGGUAACACUGGGGAAGCCUCGCUGAACACCUAUUAAAAUGGAACAAUGCGUGGAUGGCCCAGUAUAAAACCCAUCAUGAAAGCACUAUUACUGCAUCAAUGAUAUGUUGCAGAAUACAGUGGUACCUCGGGUUACAGAUGCUUCAGGUUACAGACUCGGUUAACCCAGAAAUAGUACCUCAGGUUAAGAACUUUGCUUCAGGAUGAGAACAGAAAUCGCGCGGCGGCAGCGGGAGGCCCCAUUAGCUAAAGUGGUACCUCAGGUUAAAAACAGCUUCAGGUUAAGAACGGACCUCCAGAACAAGUUAAGUUCUUAACCUGAGGUACCACUGUACUGUACAUCCUCCCCCAAAAUAAACCCCCCGCCAGUCGGGGGGGGGGGCUUCCCAUUUCAUUCAGGGGAAGCAGAGCUUGCUCCCAUGGAGGGAGGUCUGUUUCUCUCAUGUCCUCUUCAUGAGCUUCUCAUUGGGGCAUCUGGCUGUUCUUUGCAUGAAGCAGGAUGCUGGACUAUCGAUGGACAGUCUCCUGACCCCUGGUUUACUGGGUUAGGUUCUCAAGGGGCCCUCCCAGCCACACCUGCCUCCCUGUCUUCUAGAACUGAGCCAAACUUACUCAGAAGAUCUGUUUUUGAGGGCCUUUCUCAGUCCUCCCGCCUCUCUCGCCCCAUGCAGACCCUGAUGUUCCUGGUCCGUGACUGGAGCUUCCCAUAUGAGUACCACUACGGCCUGGAAGGUGGCAUGCGUUUCUUGGACAAGCGUUUGCAGGUAAACAAACAAACCCAAAAGCAAUUGAACCUGUUGGAGAAGACCUGGCGGAGAGGAGGUUGUCAUGGCAUGGAAUUAUUAGGAAAAGUAACUACAGGACUAGAACCUCCGCUGGGUUUUUAUUUUAAAUGAAAGUUGACAAACUCAGGGAUACUACCACGUUGCAGCAUGCAAGCAUCCUUCUCCUUAACUUUGUCCAUUUCUAUUUCCUCCAAUUUGGAAAUUAACAUUGUUCUUAACUUGAAAUUCUUUUUGUGUAUUCUCUCGUCGUUAAAAAAAAGAAAAGUGUGAGAUGACAUAUGGUCCUUCCCACCACCAGGUGAAAUCUCACCAGCACGAGGAGAUCCAGCAUGUCCGGAAACACAUCCAUUCCUGCUUCACCAACGUCAACUGUUUCCUCCUGCCCCAUCCAGGCCUCAAAGUGGCCACCAGUCCGAAUUUUGAUGGGCGUCUGAAAGGUAUGGGCCCCAUGUUGUCCAAAGGCAAACUCAGCAAACCAGGAUUAGAAACUCUGCUUUGUUCCCGGUUUGCAGGGUGUGGAAGCAGCAGGUGAAAAGGCAAAACUGUGAUCUGGUGGGCGGGCAUUGUUGUGCACGAGCCCGAGGGAUCUGAAGGAUCUGUUCAUGUACCACCAAACCAUGGUUUGGUGCGACUAGCCCUUAUGUUGUCCCACAAACCAAUGGCUAAGCUUCCUUAACCAUGGUUUGGUGUGAUGCAAAUGUUUCAGAGGUACCCAAGGGAGUGCUUGUAUGUGCUUUUGUGGAGGGGAAUAUUUUAUAUACAGUGGUACCUCGGGUUACAUAUGCUUCAGGUUAUAUACGCUUCAGGUUACAGACUCCGCUAACCCAGAAAUAGUACCUUGGGUUAAGAACUUUGCUUCAGGAUGAGAACAGAAAUCGUGCUCCAGCAGUGCGGCAGCAGCAGGAGGCCCCAUUAGCUAAAGUGGUGCUUCAGGUUAAGAACAGACCUCCGGAACAAAUUAAGUACUUAACCUGAGGUACCACAGUAUAUGUAACUUUCCAACAAGGCUAUUGAAAUUCUGUGGCCUGUAUGCCAAUUGACGUGCUCUCUCAAAUUUGCAUAACUGAUUUUGCACACUUCCUUACUUUGCAUAAUUGUUUUGACUUCCACUAGUUUGCUUUGGGGCUCAGUUCAAGACACUUGCUUUGACCUUUAAAAGCCCUAAAGCGUUUAGGACCGGAAUAUCUCCAGAAUUGUUUUUGCCUAUAUAAAUGUCUUCGAGGUCCUGCUUUCAAGGUCCUGCUUUCAAGGUUCAGGUCCUUCCACUUAUCUGAGAUAAGCCACAGGGGGUACCUGGGAGAAAAAGUCUCCUGGUCUGUAUUUAGACAACCUCCAGAGAGAAAUGUGCUUGAUUUUAUUUAACUGGGUUUUUGGAGGAUUCUCAUUUGAUUAUUCUGCUUUCAUUUUUAAAUAGCUCAAAUUUUCCUGCAAUUGGUUGUCAUUUUAGGUUUUUAUCAUGUUGAUCUUUUUGUGUCAUGUACUUUUGUUUUGUUUUUGUUUUAAAAAACCCAGUAUAUUUAUCUGAAAUAAUUGUGAUUGGGAAGGUCAAGGAACUGUAUUGCUUUCCAGUUCAGCUGCUUCCCUGGCUUUGAACGCAAAUUUUCAAGAAUAGCUUUGCCAUCAGAAUCUCUGUGGACAGGAUACUUGAACUGAUGAUGCAUAAAUAAACAUAUUGAUUGUGUAAUGUGUGCUGUACUGUGUGCUGUAUACGUGUGCCGCUGGACAAGUUACUAUAGUUAUAUGUAGUUCUGGUAUAAUAAUAAUAAUAAUAAUAAUAAUAAUAAUAAUAAUAAUUUAUUUAUACCCCGCCUAUCUGGCUGGGCUUCCCCAGCCACUCUGGGCGGCUUCCAACCAAAUAUUAAAAUACAGUGGUACCUCGGGUUACAUACGCUUCAGGUUACAUACGCUUCAGGUUACGGACUCCGCUAACACAGAAAUAGUGCUUCAGGUUAAGAGCUUUGCUUCAGGAUGAGAACAGAAAUCGUGCUCCGGCAGCGCAGCAGCAGCAGGAGGCCCCAUUAGCUAAAGUGGUGCUUCAGGUUAAGAACAGUUUCAGGUUAAGAACAGACCUCCGGAAUGAAUUAAGUAUUUAACCUGAGCUACCACUGUACAGUAAUAUUUACAUGAAAACCAAUAGAAAUUAUUGGGAGGUCGAGAGAAAAAGAAUAGCUUUGCCAUCAUGAGGACUAGAAUUGUCAAUCUUCUUUUUUUAAAAAAAGAAAGUUGAUUUCCUCAGCUGCCAUUUGUGUACCUAGUGCUGUAUUUGGUGUGUUUUUUAUGUGGAAUCGCAGAAUUCCAGCUAUCCGCCAAUGAGAGCAGUUUCCUUCGAUUUUCUCCUACCCCCUGUCUAUCUCUUUUCCGGCAGACAUUGCAGAUGAGUUUAAAGAACAGCUGCAGACGCUCAUUCCGUUUGUGCUGGAUCCUAGCCAGCUCUUGGAGAAGGAGAUCAAUGGUUCCAAAGUGACCUGUCGGGGCUUGCUGGAGUACUUCAGGGUAUGCUUCGUUUCUUUCUCUCCCCCCACCCUUUAAGGCAGGGGUUGGGGAACCCUUGUGCCUGGGGAUGUCAUGGGACCCCAUCAGCUCCAGCCCACUCUGUGGUGCAGCCGCAUUUGGAAUUCUGUUUACGGUUCUGGUCGCCUCACCUCAAAGAGGAGUUGGAAAAGGUUCAGAAAAGGGCAGCCAGAAUGGAACAACUCCCCUAUGAGGAAAGGUUCCAGCGUUUGGGACUUUUUAGUUUAGAGCAAAGGCAGGUGAGAGGUAACAUGUCCGAAGUUUGUAAAAUGAUGCACGGCACAUUUAAUCGCUAGAACUCGUGAGCAUCCUGUGAAGCUGAAUGUUAAUGACAAUUCAGGACCGGUAAAUGAAAGGACUUAUUCACACAGUGCUUAGUUAAACUGUGGAACUCCUUGCCACAGGAGGCAGUGAUGGCCACCAACUUGGACGACUUCAAAAGAGGAUGAGACAAAUUCAUGAAGAGAAAGGACUAGCGAUGGCUACUAGCCAUGAUGGCUAUGCUCUGGCUCCGCAGUUGGAUGUGAGGACUGAGCAUGCUCCUGGGGCAUAGAAUGUUGACUGCCUGUUAAUGGAAAGAAAUAGAAAGCCAGAGGGGAAAUGGAAUGGAGUAUCCUGGGAGAGGGCAUGGCUGGCUAGAUCGCUGAGCAGGAUCACUCCACAAUGCGACAUUUUGUUGUAGGUGUCGCUUGUUUCUGGCAACUAGUACUUUUACCACCUAAGACUCUCUUGUUUUAUUCUUAAGUUACUGUAUUGAAUUGUUACUAGACAUUCCAGUGAAAGAACAAAAUAAGUUUGCCAGUCCCAGCUAUAAUAACUUUUCAGAGGUUGUAUCGCAAAUGUAUCCGCUAAGGCCGAUAGGUUUCUUUUUCUCAGUGCCUUUGGUCAGAAGACUGUCUACCCAUUCCUAACCAUCCAAACAGAGGAUCCGGCCAUUUGAAGGAGGAUGGUUUUAGGAAAACAUAGUCCCAGCAACAAAGCUAGAAUUCACUAUUAACUGCUCCAUUUGGAAAUAUCCUCUGUUUAAGUGACUCAGACAGAUUAAACACCACUCCUUCUCUGUUUGAUAGCAGUUUCACUGGCACCGGGUAUUCCAACAUCCUCCCAUGACUCCUUAGCAGCCUCCUGUAAUUCCAGCUUCAAGAUUCAGUCUGUUCUUUUGGAUCUCUGUUUGUUUGUUAACUAAUUGGUGUUGGUAUUCUUGUUACUGGCAAAUGACUGUAGCUGAACACUGUUGACCUUUCCUCCCUCUAGGCUUAUAUCAAGAUCUACCAGGGGGAAGACCUGCCUCAUCCCAAGUCCAUGUUGCUGGUGAGCUUUGCCUGGGGUAGCAAGAUACAGUCAGUAUAGACACUGCUGAGCUAGGUGGACCAUUGCAUCUGUGGGAAGAAGGGCACAUUGCUUCCUUUUUAAGGCCCUGGCUCACUGGGAGAGCACAUGCUCAGCAUGCAGAAGGUCCCAGGUUCGAUUCCCAGCGUCUCCGGGUAGAGCUGGGAAUAACGCCUCCUCUUUGGAACCCUGGAGAGCCACUGCUAGGCAUUAGCAAUCUAAAUGGAUCCAAUGAGUCUCACUCAGCAGAAGGCAGUUUCCCAUGUUAUUUCAGGGCUAGAUAGAUCCAGAGGGGCAAGCUGGAUAGAAGGCAGCUACACGAAGCAUGCCAAGGGGAGAAACUUGUUCAGAGGUCUUGCGUGGAGCUCAGCUGCCAUGCUCUCCACUGCCUCCCUCUGCGCCGCAUGCCUCCUGCAGUCUUAAGCACCUCCCUGUUUGUGAUGGGUGCUAGAUUGACUGUCCCACAGCACUUGCUGAUGCCAGUGUUUGAAAUUCGUCAGACGCGUUUUGCACCCGGCUAUCAGUCACUUGCGACCAACUUAAAGAUGCCCAGGCAGUAGGAGGCACAUGCCUGGGGAUCCUUGGGUCUUGCCUGUUUUCACACACUGACAACACAUCCUGUAGAAUUCUAUCCAUGGUAUUUUUUUCUGCACCACCAGAACGAAUUUCAGGAACCCAAAAGUUGUAUUGAAAAAUACGAUUUAAAAACUGUUUGGCCCUCAAAUGGUAACUAAACGUUCUGUUUUGGCGAUUGCAACCUUGGUUUAAGGAGACAUUUGCCAUCCAGCUUACAUAUCUGAGUUUCUAACACUGGCUGACACUGGUGCCAGGGCACUUGGUCAAGUGGGUAGUUUGCAGUCUGGGACAUAGAACUCACCUGCAAACAACUCAGCUUUUUUUCACCCCCUUUUUUAAAAAAAAGAAGCAAUGGAGUUUCUGGCCCUUAUGAUUGCAAAGGCAUGUUUGCUGAGCAUGUACCCCAGUUUGUGGGGAGGGCAUAAGAUUGCAGAAGUGGGAAAAAUGCCUUGUUGGGGGGGUGGAGGGGGGCACAGACGGUGGAACUGAUUACAUCCCUGUGCUCAUUUUACGAUCUUUGCUUUCAGGCUACUGCCGAAGCCAACAACCUGGCUGCUGUUGCUUCGGCCAAGGACAUGUAUUACACCAAUAUGGAGAAGGUGAGAACGGAGUUGGGGUUGGGGCAAUAAAACGGCAAGAAAUUCACAUUUUAAAGUGAUGACACAGAACAGUUAGAGAAGCUCCUCUUUAAACACUUCUCUGAACUGAAACAACUGAAACAGUUGAGACCAACAGGCCCAAAGAACAGAAAUACAACCAAGACAGCCCAUCAAGUUAUAAGGUAGUGGCAUUCACGUCUGAUAUUUCCUCCCCAAGGUAGGGCACAAUGACACUCUCUCUACAAAUGGAACUCCCUUAUCUCACCAGUUCCAAGCUAUAGUCUGACCUCUGAUGGGGCAGCUUCCUAGGACUGAGUUAAAAAGGAUGCUUAUAGCCAGUGGAGGUUGGUCUAUUAGGGUGAAUAGGGCACUGCCCCAUCUAUUUUAGUCCACCCUCAGCCAAUGCCAGGAUGUGGCAGUUUCUGUUAAGUUUUCUCCUCCUUAGUUCAGCGAUGCCCUUGCAGAAUUCAGCAGCAAAUAGGAUGGCGAGAUGCUAGAGUGAGUUGGUGCUGGCCGCCGUUGGCUCUGGCGCCACCUACUGUCAGGCUCCUUGCCUUCCACCCAGUGUGAGCACUAGCCAGCAUUGUUCUUAGCCUGCUUUGGAAGGUUGGCAGUGUUAACACCUGUAUCCCCUGUCCUGCCCCCCAGCUGUGUGGCGGCGACAAGCCAUACGUCGCGCCGGAUCUCCUGGAGGAGAAGCACCGCGUGCAGAGCGCCAUGGCCUUGAAGCACUUCCAGACCAUCAAAAAGAUGGGGGGCAAGGAGUUCAGCCAGCGCUAUGAGGAGGAGCUGGUGAGGGAGAUGAACAGCAUCUAUGAGGACCUCUGCAAGCACAACCAGAGCAAGAACAUCUUCAACACGUUCCGGACGCCUGCCGCCAUCUUCAGCCUCAUCAUCUCCCUCUACAUGGGCUCCAACUUCUCAAACUACAUCGGCCUCGGCUUUGUUGCCCAGCUCUGCACCUUUCUCGUAGGGAUCCUCCUCCUCUGCCUCCUGGCCUGGGGCUACAUCCGCUACUCAGGCCAGUACCGCGAGCUGGGCGUCAUCAUCGACACUACGGCCGAGUUCCUGCUGGAAAGGGUGAGUGGCGGCCUACAAAGCACCAGGUGGAUUAACUGUGGAAGCCCUAGGAAAUAGCCCCACAUGGACCUGCGCUUCCAUAUGUAGUAUUCUGUAUCGCAUGGCAUGCAGGGACCAACAGAAACACCCACCGUAAUGAAACGGUGCGAUGGCAGAGGCAAUAUGUCUCUGGAUCAGGGGCGUAGCCUGGGGAGGGCUGGGGGGUCGUGGUCCCGGGCGCAGAUUUUGGAAAGGGUGUGAGGGGGUGCAACCAGGCACCCCCCCAUGACAGGCUCCCUCAUUCACUGAGGCCGGGCCUUUGGGGCUGGGGCAGUGGCACCUCCUCCUUGCGGCUGGUAAAGGGAGGCCCUUGCGUGCCCCAACCCUAGGCUGGCUGAGGGCGAGGAAGGGGGAAGGGUGCUGCCACUGCUACCUACUGAGGCAAGAGGCUCUGGCAGCUGCCUCCUCCUUUGCGAACAGGAUGCCACAGCCCUCAGGUCUCUCCUCCUCACGAGGUGGAUUCAAGUCUCUUUCUCCCUCCCCUCGCUUUGCCUCACUCAUAGCAGGCUCAGACCGCUGCAGCUCAGUCGGCGAUGAGGGCUUGGGCUUGUGCGGCCACCUUUCGCUUUCUGGGCGCCAACAACCCACAUUACGCCACUGUUCUGGAUCCCAGUUGGUGGAAAACAUAGGCAGGGAGAGGAAUGUUAGAUCUGUCUCCUGCUUGUGAACUUCCCAGAGGUAUCUGGAUGGCCACUGUGCGAACAGGAUGGUGGACUGGAUAGGGCAGUGGCCUGAUGCAGCAGGACUGUUCUUAUGUUACUAACAGAAUAAUAUUAUUUAUAUGCCGCCCAUCGGACUGGGUUGCCGCAGCCACUCUGGGCAGCUCUCAACAAAAUAUUAAAAACACAAUAAAGCAUCAAAUAUUAAAAACUUCCCCAUAUGGGGCUGCCUUCAGGUGUCUUCUAAAAGUUGAAUAGUUCAUUUCUUUGCCGUCUGAUGGGAGGUGGGGAAGAGGAGAUCUGUUCAAAAGUGGGAUCUUGCUCUCAAUUCUGUUUUUUGCAGCACCUGGCCUCAAAUAAAUAUGAAAAGAAAAAAAUGGGGGAGGGAGGAGCAGGAAUCUCAGUUCCUCAGAAGGCAUUUGUGUGACUGAAUGCCACCUGUUACGUCUUUUGACGAUUCAAUGUUUUGAAUGUUAUUCCUGCAUUGAAGGGGGUUGGACCCCGUGAUCGUAUGACCUAACCAUUCUCCCCUCUCCCCAGGCCACCAACCGUACAAACAGUUCCACUCAGGUUGCGGAAACAAGCAGCUCGUCGUCGUCCUCCAGGCCUCCGUCGUCUAGGCCGAGACCUGAGGAUAAGAAAAGCAAGUGAGGUCUUAGCAGGAAAGAGAAAGCUACAAACUCGUGGCCAAAGCGACCGUCUCGCUGCAGCCUGCAAACCCGGGAAUCGCUUGCAGGGCUUCUAGAGAGCAACUCAGCCUCUGGUUCCGGAUAUUAUUUGCUCCCUUCACAUUUAAUAUUUCUUUCUUUUUUAAAAAAGGAACUGCUUCCCUUGCUCCCCUCCCUUUUAAUUUUUGUGCACUUUAAAAGAAAAAUCAGCUUUAACGUUCUGUACCAGUUCGUGCCUUGCCUGGGAGCUUUGGGGGGGGGACACCCCCCCAAACGUCAGGUGCUGAUCUUGUUCCUUCCACUACCCCCUUCUUAUCUCUUUCUGCAUAUUCUUCUUGGGGAUGGGAGGCAGCGGUUAUCUCCCUUCCCUAAAGAACCAGCUGCACCACUACCGGCAGCGAAACCUCCAGUGCUUCAGCUCAUUGCAGCCAUCUUGCUGGCGGGGCUUCUCCUUUGGGCAUCCUUUGCCCCAAAGUGGAAGAUGCGGAUUUUGUGGCCUGUGCCAGGGCCAAUCCGAAGCAACUUGUGCCUUUGUGACGCUGAACAAGCACCCUUGUGCCUGUGGCAGCGAAGGGACCCCUCCCUUAGUCCUGCUGUUGCCUUAGAAAACAGUAUUGGUAGGCUUCUUUCAGGGAAGAACUGAUUUAUUUAGCAUCCUGCAGGCGCUGAGACUGUGAUCUCUGUCCUUUUGCCCCCAAUUCCGAUCCUGCUUUCGCUCUCGUGCAGCCGUGAUGCGUUGUGAGGGCUGGGGGACCGAGUGUGUCCCUAUGCCAGGCUCCAGGCAGGCGUCUCUGUGGGAACAAAUCAGCUGUGUGCGCAGCCGAAUACCCAUGGCAAUGCUGAAUCCUCCGUUCAGAGGGUUGCAUCCAAUGCUAGUCCUACUCAGGAUAGACCCGCAAGACAUGACUAACUCAUUUAUUUCAGUAGGUCUACUCUUGAGUGGGAGUAGUAGGCUGCAACUCUCUGUGUACCGUAGAAGCUGGGGAUAGCCACCAAUGGUGCCUGCCAGAUGUUGAUGGACUACAACUCCCAUAAUCCCUGUCCAUUUUUCUUGCUGCCUUGGGCUGAUGCUGGUUGUACUUCUGUGAUAUCUGUACCCUGUUGGCUGCACUUGCUCUCGGCAGCGAUCUGGGAAUGUGCCUAGAUCAGCAACCUGCGACCCAUCAAGCCAAACAGCCAUGUGUGACAGCCUCUUAUGGGGUCGGGGGGCAGGUUGCCUGUUUGGCACUUCGGAAAAAAAAGUGUGUGUGUCAAGAUGCAAUCUCCAGUCUGUGGGCUGGGUCAGGCUUGGUUGGGCACAGAUUGUGCAAGUCUGCUCUGGAUAUUGACCUGUGAGUCAGGUGAAAUUUAUUCCAAGAAGGCUGGGAGCAGGCCUAGGAGAUCCAUCGCCUGGACUAGGGAAAGGAGGAUUGGCCAAGUGAGCUCACAGUCUUAAAGUCUUAUUUGAGGGUGGGUGGGGGGAAGAGGAAGCAGACUCCCAUUCUGCAUAAUGCUCAAAACAAAGCCCUUAACCCCACUAGCCUUCUCUCCCCACAAACAACGCCUGCCCCACCGUGUGACCGUUAGAAAGUUCAAGUCUGCUUGGAUGCCAGAAAUGUCUGGGCAGAGGGUCUGGUUCUUGUUUCGGUUCCAACGUCUCUCCCUUAUUCUUGUGCCACACCAAAAAAAUCAUUAUUAUUCUGCUCAAGGCUCUUAAUUACUCCUGCCUCUUCUCACAUUCCUGGUUUCCUCCUUUCCGCGCAGGUUUUAAUAGCUUUAUAAGGCCAGGGGUGGAGGCUCCCUUUUCGGCCUUGCCUUUUGCUGCUUUGCUGUCCCCUUUCCCCUUUGCAGCUGGAAUAAUAUCCUGAUCAAAAAGCACAAGACACUGACAGCUUCUAGGCCCACUGCAUUGCGGAGGGAGAAACUGGCACCACACGGCUUAAUAUUCAUUUCUGCUCUGCUUGUUGGGGUGGCCUCCCUUGCGUGGUCCCACUGACCUUUCCAUUCCAUAGCUUGCUUGUGUUUUUGGUGAACCAGGUGUGAGGGAACUUUGGCGCUCCCAUCAUCCCUGGCUAUUGACCGUGCUUGCAGGGGCUGAUGGGAGCUGUAGUUCAGCAACAAGGGUUCCCCCACACCUGUGGGACAGCUUUUCACGGUGCCCCUUUCCCAACGGCACAUGUUUCGUGUUAACGGUUUACAGCGUGUGUAUGCGUGCACACAUGGGGCGGGAGUUGAAACAUUUUUCCAAGGCUGUGAUGGCAGUGAAGUCAUCUGGGCGACUUUAGCUAGAGCUCCAGGUGGCUGUAACAUUCCACUUGUUCUAUUGCUCGUCGGCGGGUAACUUAACUCUUUCUCACUUGCGUAUAGGGGCACAUUUGCACGAUAACCUGGUUGCGGGGAAGGGAUGCGUGAGUCGUUCUUGGCCUCAUUGCUGUAACGGUUUGAAGAAAUGGGGUGUGGGCAACCUGUUUGCACCUGUGUCUUUUUGAAGGGUUACACCAGCAGCACAGAACAAGACGGGGCAACUCCUGUUAUCCGCUUUCUGCAACCAGGCCAUGAGUAGUGUUAGCCUGCAUUUAAAUCUCCCUCCUUUCACACUCUUUCCCCCUCUGUAUUGGAUGUAUCGUAUAGCAAGGGGGUGCCCCUCUCUGUGUUGCCGCGUACCAGUUGAAAUUGGCUUGCAGCUCAGAUUGGUUCGGAAAGGAAGAAGCUCUUUUCGGCUCCCUUUGGAACACACAGGUUCUACACAGAAGGGAGGGGAGUGUUCAAAUCGGGGACCUGCUGCUCCCCUGCCCCAAGAAAUAAUUCUGUUGAUAACUGCCCAUGUUAUGUGCUCAUACAGCCAGGUUGCGUGAUCAUUCCUUUCUCUUGUUGAGAGCAUUUCCUUGCCUCCUCGUCUUAAGAACUCCCUCUGUGAGCUUGUUAGUCAUUGUAUUAGAACUUUCAGCCGGGGACCAACGCUGUGGGGGAGGGAAUGUAGAUGCCAAAUCAUAUUUAUAAAGCGCAAAAAAGAAUUGCAUUCCACUUUGCAACUGCAAAAAUAAAGACCAAGAUACUGAAA